AACCAAGCCCCUGGGGAAGCACUGUGGCACACAGGGCACUGACACUCAUUAUUUCUCAUGCUCCCUGCCCUCUUACACAGGCAGAAGAUCAGAAGGCAGUGGGGUAAUUUGCCCAUUAGCAGAGGGCUGGCCAGCGUCUGUGCAGGGAAAUUGCAGGGGCUGAGAGCGAGGGUGGGGGCUGCCAAGGAAAUGGCGUCAUCAAAACAGCCUGGUGGUACACACACAGGAGAUCGGGGCUUGGCUGCUGUGAGCCACGUGUCCCAUCACGGUCAGCUCCUCCCCAUGAUCACCAGCCCCCAUAAAAAGCAGCCCAGAGUGAGGGAUGGCAUCCACCUCUCCUGCCUGGCUCAGCUCCGGAAAAGGGCUCAGCUCUCUUCACACCAAGAUGUCUUGCUACGACCUGUGCCCACCAAAAACCAGCGUCGCCGUGCCCCAGCCCAUCGCUGAGAGCUGCAACGAGCUGUGUGCGCGCCAGUGCCCCGACUCCACUGCCUUCAUCCAGCCGCCACCCGUCGUCGUCACCUUCCCUGGCCCCAUCCUCAGCUCCUUCCCCCAGCAAGCCGUGGUGGGCUCUUCCGGAGCACCCGCCUUUGGGGGCUCCCUGGGCCUGGGGGGCCUCUAUGGUGCCGGGGCCACGCAGGGCUCGGGGGGCCUCUGCACCUUUGGCAGGCCCUACGUUUCUCCUGCCUGCAGUCCUUGCCCCUUGCCCCGCUACAGCAGGAAGCUCUGGAACACUUGUGGGCCUUGCUAAACCAAAACCUAUCCUUACAGCUCUUUCUGGCAGAAACCUUACUUAGUAGAAGCAUUCCAAGUCGAUGUCGCUGGUGAUAUUUUUCAACGUUUGGCUCUUCCUUUCUGCAUAUUUGUCUAUAACUCUACUUUAAUCAACCUGUUACUGAAUGUGAUCUUAAUUACGUUGUAUAUCUUUUAAUACUUCAUUUAGUUUACAUUUUUUGUUUUUAUUUUUC